AUGGCUUACUAUGAUUAUAAAAAUAGUAUAGACAAAAAGAAAAAAAUAUUCCCACUAAAAGAUUUUGUUGAUUUAUAUGAAAUAAAAAAUAACAUAAAAUUGGACAAAUAUGAGCCAAGUGAAAAUUGUACAUGUAGUAUUGAAAUAAUGAAAAAAAAAAAUAAAAUAGUAAGCAAUACAAAAAAAAAUCGAAAAAAUGAGAAUUAUCCUGAUAUUGCUAAAUCAGUAUCUUCAAAAGUAAAAGUUUAUAAUGAUAUUUAUAAGACAGUUACUAAAGGAUAUUCUACUGAUUAUAAUAAUGAUGAAUAUAUGAAAAAAAAUUGUAAAGAUAAUAAAUUUAAUUUUUCCAAGAGUAUAGCAAAUUUGAAUAAAAAUAAAACUACACCCAUUAAUUUAUUUAGUAAUAUACAAGAAAAAAACAAUAAUGGAGUAAACAAAAUAAAUACAUAUUACCAUGAAAAUAGCAAAAAAGAAAAAAAAAAAAAAAUUAAUUAUGACAAUAUAAUAAAUGAAGGUAAUAAUAAUAUCGAAAAAUUAAUGAAAAAUUUUAAAAACAGUAAAAGAAAUACCAAUUUAUUAUCUAUAUAUUUGGAUAACUGUAAAUAUGAUAUUAACAAUAAUAAUGGCAAACAAAUCAAGUAUAAAAAAAUUAUGAACGCAGCUAGCGAAAUAGGUAAGACAGAUACGAAAAUAAAAAAUAUUUAUGACAAUAAAUUUCUUCAAAAUGAAAAACUUGAAUAUGAUAAAAAUAAAGUAAAUAGCGAUAUAUUUUAUCAAUAUAAUAAGCAUGAAAACUGUAAUACCAAUCGAAAUGAAUUAAAAAACAAUUCCCUUGAUGUCUUAAAGCAAAUUGACAAAACUGAAAAUGCUCCUAAUACUUUUUGGAAACACAAUUUGGGUAAUAAAAUAAAUGAUAAAGAUAAUUUAUUUAAUAAAAGUGACGUAAAUAAAAAUAAAUACAGCAAUUUCCAGAAUGAGGAAAGAAUAUUUCCCUAUUUCCUAAAAGGUUAUGAAACGGAAAGCAUAAAAAUGUGUGAUAAUAUAUCAAAUUCUUCAAUGAUUUAUUUAAAAAAUAAAAGUGAUAUAUAUGUAAAAAAAAAUAAAAAUAUAUACAUUAAUAAUAAUAUUGAAAAAGAGCAUCCUAACUAUGUGAAGGACAUAAAUAUAGGAAAUAUAAGCAGUGAUGCUUUCGAAAAAAAAAAUAAUACAAUACGUUUCAUAUCUUCAAAUAAUAGUCAAAAAAUUAAAGAUUUUCAUAAUAGCAUUUCUAAAAACAAUGUGAAAACAGUACCUUUUUUUAUGUCAAAAAUGGAAAAAAAUGAUAUAAAGCCAGAAUGUAAGGAUAAUAUAAUUGGGGAGUUUAAAUGCAAAAGUGAUAAUUCCAUUUUAGAAUAUACUACAUUUAAUAAUGAAUCUAACAAAGUAAAAGUUUUAAAUAAAGAAAUACAAAAUGAAAAUUAUGAUAUUAAAUCACAUACUAAUGCUAAUAAUAAUGAAAAUAGUCAUUGUUCAUAUUUGGAGUGUAAUAGACAUAGAGGUAAUAGAAUUUUCACUGAUGUUAUUCCACAAAUUAAAUUAAAAAAUAAUUUUAUACAAAAUAAAAAUGUUGAAAUAGAAAUUAAUAAACAUAAUCAUAGCAAUUACAAUAAUAAAUAUGAGGAUAACAAUUCUAAAAAUUUAGAUGAUAAUAAAAUGUAUCUUUUUCCAAAAAAAAAUAACAAUUUUCAUAGAAUGAUAGAAGGAAAUAUAAAAAACAAAUUAGAAACUAAUUAUCACAUUAGGGAUGAAGAAAAUUAUGUCAAUAUUUUUGAAAAAAAAGAAGAUGAAAUUUAUAAUGAUUAUAUUAUGGAAAAAAAAAAUGAAAUACAUAGUGAACAAGGUUUUAAUAAUUUAAGAUGCUAUAUAAAUGAGUAUAAUAAUGAUGUGUAUGUUGUAAAAAAAAACGAAUUUAGCAAAAUAAUUGAUGGAAAUUUAUGUGAAAAUGGAAAAAAUAUUCCUUUUGAAUAUGCUUUAUCUGAAAUAACUGAAUUUAAUCAAAAUGAAAACAAAGAUGUGUCUAAACUUGAAGAGUUUAACUCUGAUACUAAAACCCAUAUUUUUUCAAAAAAUGAAAAAAAAUGUAAAAAUGGCCAUUUCAUAUUUAAUGGUAAUGAUGACAAUAAAGAAAGGGUGGAUAAAGUUAGUCCAGAAUUUUAUCGCCAAGAUGGUAAUAUAAAUGAAAAUUGUAAUAAAAUAAAAUCAUUUAACAUUUCGAAUAUCUCUUUAAAUUGUUUAUUUAAAGAAGGAAAAAACAAACAUAAUGUCAUUUCAACAAAUCCACGUUUCCAAAUUGGUGAAAUAAAGAAUAUUUUGAAUUCACAAAAUGAAGUUAUUAAUUUAAGAGAACACAUAUUAGACAAAAACUAUACAAAUAACACAAAUGAUUUAAAAUAUAAAAUAUGUCUAAAUAAAGAAUUUAUAGAUAAAAACCACAAAAUAAAAACAACAAACUAUUAUAAUGAAUACAAAACAUGUUAUAACACUGUUGAAUCUACUAUUCCUUCAUACUUAUCUUUGAGCGAUAUAGAAAAUGAAGAAAAAGAAAACAUUGAUGAGCAUAAUAAUGAAUAUAUUAAGGAUGAAAUGAAAGGUCAAAAAAUAAAAUGUUUCAUGUCAAACAAUAAUAAUUCAAUAAAUUAUACGAACAAAUAUUUAAAUAAUGGAAAUAUAUAUUUAGGAACUAAUGUAUACAAACAAUGUGAUAAUAACAUUAAAACAGGGGAAUAUUCAGCUAGAAAUAGGAAUAAUAACAAUAUAUAUCAAAAACAGUAUGGACAAAUAAAUUUGAAUAAUAUAAAUAAAGAAAAAUUAACUUUUAGUAAUACAUUUUUUCAGAAUAUAAGCAAAGAUAAUAGGGAAAAUAAUUAUAUGAAAAAAAGCGAAAUAAAUAAUAAUAAUGCCUCAUUUCAAAAUUAUAAAAUUCAUAAUUUAAUGAAAUUAAAUACAGCACAUAUUCCAGUAUUGAAAAAUAAUAUUUCAAAAAAAAACUCAGAUAUUAUUCCUAUAGUUAAACUAGAAAAGGCAAUAAAAACGGAUAUUUCGACCUUACCUUUUUCUUCUUAUAAUAAUAAUAACAAAGGGAAUGUGAAACAGCUUUAUAGUAGCAAAACCAUUGUGGGGUUGUCUAAUAUAAAUAAAGAAAAUGGCUCCACUUCGUCAAAUGCAAGUAAGGCUACUUUGGCAUUUCCAAAUUUAUUAUUACAUAAAAAUAAUAUUUUAAAUAAUCAUCAAUCAAUUACAAAAUUGAGAAGUAAUACAACAUUAAACAAUUGCAAAAAUUAUGAAAUGAUGCAAAAAAAUAUAACUCCUAAAACAACUUCUAUGUCUUAUGACAAUAUAAAAUAUAAAAAUAAAAUGUUCAAAAUUAGUGGGUUUUAUAAUAAGCCAACUCAAAAUAUCACAAAAACAAUAAAAGACAGGGAAGGGAGCAAGAGUGUAUUAUCCAAUAAGGUAUUAUAUAAUAAAGUAAAAUGUGAUGAUAAUAUUUUAGUAAAUAAAAAAUUAUCAGUUUGUAAAUCAAUUAACAAUAGUGAUAUAUAUAACUAUUUGAAAAAUACACAUAUCAAUAGUUUAAAAAAUUAUUAUCGAACAACUUCAUAUAGAAAACAAAGCUUAAAAAAUGUUAAAUCAAUUACAAAAAAUAUAAAAUUAGUUCCAAAAGGCAAUGAUAUAAUCAGCAUGAAUCACGAAAAAAAAAAUAAAAUCAUGAAUAAUACCAUCGAUUUACAUAAGUUUUAUUCUAGAUGUGAAAUAGAAUCAAUAGAUCGUAUUAAAAAAGCUGUAGUUAUUGGAUGUAAUUAUAUGGGAGAAAAAGAUUCAAUAAAUCGACUUCAUGGAUCAGUAAAUGAUGCAUAUGUUUUUAGUAGAGUGCUAGUUAAAUAUUUUAAUUUUUUACCCGAAAAUAUUUUACUGCUUAUUGAUAGUUUUCCAUCUAACGCAUAUAUAUAUGAUGAUUUUGAUAUAAAUCGAACAAAAUAUAUAAAUGAAAAAAUUAAUUAUACUUAUAAUGAGGAAAAAAUCGAAAAAAAAAAUUUGUUUAAUUUGUUUAAUAAAAAGAAUAUACAUGAUAAUAAAGAAGUGAGUAAUGAUUAUGAAAAUAAUAAUUCAUGUGUAGAUGUUGAUAUUAAAAAUGUGGAUUUGUCAUUUAAAAAUAUAGACUUCAGUUUAUGGCCUACAAGAAUAAAUAUUUUGAAAGCAGUAAAUUGGCUAGUUAGGGAUUCAGUUCCAAAUGGUUCUUAUGUUUUUUACUAUGCAGGAAAAAGUAUCCAAGUCGAUAACAUGAGUGGAUGGGAAGGUGAAGGAUAUGAUGAAGCUUUUCUUUGCUCCGAUCCUUUGAAUAAAAAUGAAGAACAUAAUAUAUUAACUGCUAUUCAAUUAAAAGAUUUAUUAUUAAGUAUAAAUUCAACUGCUCAAAUGACUAUAAUUCUAGAUACAUCAGGAGGACAAACAAUAUUAGACCCAGCUGGAACAGAAAACUCAUCAUAUAUAAAAGGUUGUAAACAAAAAGGGAUAUGGCCAAUUACUAAUCCUACUAAUAAAGUUUACAAAGCUAUAUAUGAUAUAACUAUACUUGAUAAUAAUUCUAUGAAAAAAUAUAUGUGCAAACCUAGAUAUUCUAAAUUAAUAGAAGUGGAUUCUACAUCUGCUAUGAUAGAUCCGUUGUUACAAUCCAUUUCUUCUUUCCCAAUUCCUACAAAAGCAUAUUGUUUAUGUGCAGCUACUUGGGAACAAAUUUCCAUUGAAGGUUUAUUUCCUAUUUUUGAGUUUGCAAGGGUAGAUCAAAAAAAAAAAAAAAAAACAUUCUCCAAACCGAUUGAACAUAAAAAUGAUAAUAAUAACAUGAAUGGAAAUAGGGAAAAUAUUGAGAAUAACUCACAACAUAUGUUAGACAAUAGUAUUCAUUCAAAUAGUGUAAAGAAAAAUAUAUACGAACCAAACAUUAGUUUUAAUAUAAAUUCGUUAACAAAAUUUUUUACUUUGAAUAAUAAAAACACUGAAGAUAACGAUUCUGAAAUUGUAAAAGCAGAAGAAAAUACUUUCACAAACAAAAUCUCUGAUAAUUUUGAAGAAAAUAAUAAUGGAAAAUAUUCUAUAAUAAAAGAUAAUAAUGAAUAUAACAGUAACAAGUUUGAUGGUAAUAAUAAUUAUGUACUUGUUUGUCAUGGUGUGUUUACUUAUUGCUUAAUCGAGUCGAUUAUGGAAUUUAAAAAAAAAGAAUUAAAUAAUAAUGUUUUUGAAAAAGAAUUCCAACAAUGCGCUCCAAUGACAUUAAACAAUUUAAUAAGUCAUAUUCAAAAAAAAAUACAAAUUAUAAAAAAUAACAAAUUAAAAAAAUUAAAUCAAAAACCCGAACUUACUAUACAUCCUGGUGCAAAUGCAAGCAUUAAUAAUUAUUUUAUUCAUUAUUCAAAAAAUAUAAAUUUUCAAGAUUUUAAAUAUUUUUAUAUGAACGAAGAUAUGUCCCCAUUUUUAAAUGUUAAUAAAGCAUGGGAAGAAAUUAAUAAAAGAACAUUAAGAAAUAGAAAACUAUUAUAUGCUACUUCUACGUUAGUUAAUACAUCGUCAAAAUAUUUUACUCAAACUAAUCAUAAAAUAAAAAAUUCAUGUUCUCUAAAAUAUUAA